AAACUAUCUUAUAUACAUUCCCAGUUUCGAACUAGAGAACGAUCUAUCCCACACAAAAACAAACUGAAUAAUUUACGUUUAUUUUAAUUUUGAAUAUCAAGAAGCUUAAUUUAUUGGUAGAGUUAAUUAAAAUGUUAAAUAAAGACUUUAGAAUUUUUUGCUUCUUUAUUUCAGGGAAGUAUUCACUAAAGAGAUUUUUUUUUUUUUGUUAUUAAAAAAUCUAUAUAUUUUAAAAUUAUUUAAUGUUUAUAUAAAAGAAGAAAAAUGAAUAAAAUAAAUUUAAUAGAAGUAUAAAUGUAAUUUUUUUAGCUUUUAAAAAUUUAAUUUUCCUUUUUUUUUCUUUAUUUUUCCCCAAAUUUUCUAAAAACAAAACAAAAGUUUAAAUAAUCGAAUACUCUAAACAAUUAAAUUCUCUUGCGCUGGUUCCGGUAUUAUCCUCUUGCUACCUAAAGACUUUUGAAUCGUUUGUUUCCUUUAAAAAAUUGGGAUUCCCUAAACGAUUCACAAUAAAAUUGUACGGGCAAAAUCAGACUAUAUGUAACAAAGUGUUGGAAACUUUCAUUUCUUGAUCGGAUAUUAUAUAGUGAAAAUUUCUUUUAUGGCUCUGUAAAGAGUUCUGUAUCAAGUCUUAAGACGAUCUCUUCCCAUUUUCCCACAUCUUCGAUCGUUUAAUCCACUGAAAAUAAGAAAAAUAAGAGAUCAAUGGCGAAUGAGGUUGUGGUAUGGUGCCUAAUUUCAGGUGCAGUAGCCUUAAUUUUGAGUUAUAUUUCACUUUCAAUUGUCAAAGGCAGGAGCAACAGACGACAUGGGGUUGCAUUCUUCCAUCCAUACACCAACGAUGGCGGUGGUGGUGAGAGGGUCUUGUGGUGCGCCGUCAAAGCCAUCCAAGAAGAAAGCUCCGAUCUGGACUGCGUCAUCUACACCGGCGACCACGAUGCUUCUCCUGACAGUUUGAUGGCUCGUGCCGUUCAACGUUUUGGGGUCGAGCUUCUAUAUCCACCGAAGGUGGUGCAUCUAUAUAAGAGGAAGUGGAUAGAGGAAACCAUGUAUCCUCGCUUUACUAUGAUUGGCCAGAGCCUUGGUUCAGUUUAUCUUUCUUGGGAAGCCUUAUGCAAGUAUACCCCUUUAUAUUAUAUUGACACCAGCGGAUAUGCCUUUGCAUAUCCGGUUGCACGGUUGUUUGGAUGUAAGGUUAUUUGCUAUACCCAUUACCCAACAAUCAGUUUAGACAUGAUAUCUCGCGUUCAGGACCAAAAUUCGAUGUAUAACAAUGAUGCCUUGAUUGCUAAGAGCACUUGGUUAUCCCUAUGCAAAGUCAUCUAUUAUAGACUAUUUGGUUGGAUGUAUGGAACUGUAGGCUCUUUUGCACACCUUGCAAUGGUCAAUUCUUCAUGGACUCAAUCUCAUAUUGAAAGCCUUUGGAGAAUUCCAGAACGUACCAAGCGAGUCUAUCCUCCUUGUGAUACUUCUGGACUUCAGGCUCUUCCAUUGGAAAGACUGAGAAGUUCUCCAGCAAUUAUCUCUGUUGCUCAAUUUCGUCCAGAGAAGGCACACACCCUUCAACUCAUGGCAUUUUCAGUUGCCAUUAGGAAUUUGGAUGCAGACUUGCCCAGACCUAAGCUCCAAUUUGUGGGCAGUUGUCGGAAUAAGUCAGAUGAAGAAAGAUUGCAAAAUCUGAAAGACAAAGCCAUUCAACUGAAGUUGGAGGGGGAUGUGGAAUUUCAUAAGAAUGUGAUGUACAGGGACCUGGUGGGACUUUUGGGAGGUGCUGUUGCGGGGAUCCAUGGUAUGAUCGAUGAGCACUUUGGCAUAAGUGUUGUAGAGUACAUGGCUGCUGGUGCCAUCCCAAUUGCUAAUAAUUCUGCUGGCCCGAAAAUGGACAUUGUUUUAGAAGAAGAUGGACAACAAACAGGGUUUCUUGCACAAACUGUGGAAGAAUAUGCAGAUGCCAUACUUAAAAUUUUGAGGAUGCCAGAAACCAAGAGACUGGAGAUGGCUGCAGCUGCAAGAAGACGUGCAGGCAGAUUUUCAGAGCAAAGAUUUUACGAAGAUUUCAAAGCUGCAGUAAGACCCAUUCUCAGCCAUGCUUCCUAGUAAUGGAAAAACAUUAGAUUAGACACUGAAAAUUAGAGAACAGAGAAAUUUUAGAUAGCUAGUUUCCUCUUCAUACCUGUCAGAAAGAAAAGGGUUUAUCCUUGAGAUAAUAGGUUAUGUUUUCCAGAAUAAUUGAGACACAUUUUGUAACAGUGAUCAGGGAUAGAUUUUACUUGGAAAUAAUGAUUCUUGAGCUUCAUUUGUUUCCUCUUGAAGGAGGUUGAUAUUUGAAAACCAGCAGAGCAAAGAGCAAGGAGAUCAAAUCACUAGAUGGCUUGAGAUUGGAGAGAAUUGAAUUCAGUGUUCUGUAUUUGUAUGUUUUUGAUGGGAAUCUAGGGAUCUCAAUUUUUUUUGGCCAUUUUGGAACUGGGAAAUGUCAGUUUGAGAAUUUAUAUUUUAUAUACCAACUUAAGCUUUUUCCGAGAAAA